UAACUUUGAGGCCUAUCUUGCUUUUGCCUUUUUUACAAAGAUAAUAAUACCAAGGCAUCCGAAGAAGAAUUUGCAGAUAUAAAGAAGCUGAUAGGCAGCUUAUUCUAUGGACAUAAAUGAAAUGGCAGCAACAGCGAGUGUUCUUUCCACUCUAAUUUCUGCUCAUUCGACUCCUUCCUUUUUUGUUGCUUUCUCAUCUUUUCCAUUAUCCGGUAACAACCACCGCACCGGCGGCAUUACGAUUAGGAGGCAAUUGCCUUGCUUACGUCUUGGAACACCGGCGACCAACGGUGGUGCCCGUGUGUUGGCGUGUCUUCCAUCUCCGUCAUCUUCUGCUUCCCUUCCCCAAACCCCUAAAACCAGGCUCUACAUCAGUGGGCUAUCUUUUCGUACCACUGAAGAGAGUUUACGAAAUGCUUUUGAAAAUUAUGGCCAACUGGUUGAAGUCAAUCUGGUGAUGGAUAAAAUAGCAAAUAGACCCAGAGGGUUUGCUUUCCUCCGUUAUGCAACUGAGGAGGAAUCUCAGAAAGCUAUUGAGGGAAUGCAUGGCAAGUUUUUGGAUGGCAGGGUAAUAUUCGUGGAAUUUGCAAAAUCUAGAACAGAGCUUCGACAAGGCCUUAAGAAUAGACGACUUUGAGGAGAUCGUUUUGUAGCUUCACCAAGGCCUUGAGCACAGCCAAUUUUUUGAAGAGAGCAACAUUAGUAGUAGCUUCCUUCCUUGUGCAUUUAAGCUGUUCGAUCCCUUGAAGAAGUUCCCUUGGCCAACCUCCAUCUUCCUUGUAGCAUCAUCUAUGAUGAAACGAAUCUAUAUGCUCUCAAAACAUCACAGAAUCUGUCUGCCCCGGACAAAUUAACUCUGUAAGUUAAUUCAAGUGCAGCUAAUUUGUUUUUCAAACAUGAAUCAGUGGCUUCAUGUUGUUGACUUAGGUAGAUUUCUCUUAAGAACUGUUCCUCUUCAGCUAGACUGUUGGUUCCACGUAGCAUUCGGAAGUGCAAACUUUAAUAGAGCCAACAAAUCCAAAAAUUAGACAAAAUCAGAUUAUCUUUUUUA